AUGAACGUUGGAUUAUCAGUGCUUUUGGUCAUAAGUUUUCUACAUGUUUUUCCAACACAAGCUUUUAAUAAUACUCAGAACUUUCAUUUUGAGGGUGAUAUUUUAGUGCGAAAGGCCCGAUGGCUGCCCUUGAUUUAUCCUAGAUCCAAUCCUACUCGAUUACAGAUGAUCGGUGGCUUUGGUAUACCUGCAGAGGAUCUUAAGCUAGAAUCUGUGAUUACGGGUUAUGUUCUCAAGGCCCAGUAUUACUUGCCCUAUUCCGUCAAGCAAUUGAGGACCAAGAAUGUGCAUGAAAUCUCUGAAGGAAGGCUUUUGGGGAAUGCCACAAUCUUCGAUAGGGUCAUGCAGAUGUCUGAACAAAAACUUGGUCUGGAUCCCGAUAUCCUUCAGCAGGAUCUCCAGGCCCUGGGCAGUUAUCGCUGGUCGGUCUACGAGGCUUUCACUGCCCUGGCCAUCCGCAUGAAGCUCAAUGGCAGAGUCUGCGUCCUGAAGAGCAUCUGCGAAAGUGCCGCUGCUCCCUUCGACGAUCGAAAUGGUUUGCUGGGCGAAGUGCUUCAUAUCCUGCUCACGCCCUCCAGUUCGGUGGAUCCCCUGUCGGAGCACUCGGACAACGAUUACCUACAGGCUGAACGACUGGGAGCAGCUGGUGGCGAUUGUGAUCAGAUGUAUCCGAGGUGUCCCAAGAGCCUGCUGGAGCACUUUAGUGAUGUUCAUCAUCUGGGCAGCGAGUUCCUCAGCAUGCUGGGUUGA